UUUCAAAUAAAUUUUUUAUAAAUUAAUCAAUAAUUUGUUUAAAAAAUUAUUUAUUUUAAAUGCAGAAAUUUGUAAUCUAGAGUUUUAAUGUCAUCUGAGCUUGAUUUCAAUAAUCUCGACUCGAUUUUCACGUUUAAAUCAAAAAAAUAUAACAAACCAGCUGAAAAGAACAAGUUUGGUCAAAGAAUUUGCUUUCUCUUGAAAUCCGCACAGUUAUUCUCCACAACAAACCCUAAUCUAAGCCGUUUUUACAUCAAAGAACUCGUUGAAAUUUGCGAAAAACACUUGAUAAGGUUAAAUCCUAAGGUUAAGAGGAAAUUCUGCAAAGGUUGUUACACAUAUUUCGUCCAAGGUUUAAAUUUACAUACUAAGAACCCUGCUGAUUCUGUUAUUAACGUUGAUACUAAUACAUCUAAAAGUGUUAAGAGUAAUUUAUCAUUUUCAACAUGCCUAAUAUGUACUAGAACUAGAGCUCACCCUCCUCAAACUUGAUAAUCUUUUCUUUUAAAAUUGAUCAGAAUGUUCUUUAAAACUAAUAUUUUACCCAUUA